GUCACAUUGUCGUGUAUCGAUUCGGAGCUGAGGAAUUUUUCCAAAUAGUUUUUAAAGCGCAAAAAUGAUUAAUUUUAAUUUUAAUUUAACUUAAUGUUUUUAACUGUGUUGACUUGCACUUUAGUGUAAGAUCGGAAGAUACCAUGGAGAUACCUAUACAGGUGGCGGUACGAAUUUACCCGCACAGGGAGCUCAAUGCGCUGGUCGCUCCCGUCGUCCACAAACAGGAGGAGGUGGUGGAUAAGGAAGACGCGGAGCACCCCAAGGACACUGGGGAGAAGGCAGAGGUAGGUGCAGGCGACGAAAAGUCUUCCCAGAUCGCAGACAAAAAUGGAAACGCGGAGGUGGAAACUCAAAGCAAGCUUCAGCCACAGACAGACGCCAAUGGCAAUGACAAUGGAAAUGCCCCUGAUCGCGAAUCUGGAUACUGCGUCCAGGCCAUUCCCAUCAGUGCCUCCGCCUUGGGGCUGCCUAGCGCUCUACCGGGCGGCGAUCCCAUGGACAACAUUGCCGCCGGGCUCAUCCAGGUGGGGCCCCACAAUGUUCCCGUCACACACGCCUUGGCUAGCAACAGCACCCAAGAACAAGUGUACCACCAGACGGUCUUUCCGCUGAUCGGGCUGUUCCUUGAAGGCUUCGACGCCUCAGUGGUCACAUAUGGCCAAAGCGGUCAGGGCAAAAGCUAUACCUUGUACGGAAACUUAGAAGAAGGCUCCCAGUCAGAGGGAAACGCGGGAGUUGUGCAGCUUUGCGUUCGAGACAUUUUUGCGCACAUCUCGACGCACCCAGAAAGGACCUACGCCAUCAACGUUGGAUUUGUUGAAAUCUGUAAUGGCGAAGUCUGCGACUUGCUUGGCAUGGGAAACGUGCAUUGCACAAACGGCAGUGCUGUCUUCCGCUGGCUGCAGGCGGGGCUUGCCGCCCGUCAGACGUUGCCAGCACACACGCUCUUCACCCUUACAUUGGAGCAGCAGUGGGUGUCCAAGGAGGGGCUGCUCCAGCACCGUCUGUCCACGGCUAGCUUCUGUGAUCUGUGCGGCACAGAACGCAGCGUCGAACCGCCCCCUGGACGUCCUCGAGAUGAAGGCCUGCAUAUGCUGGAGCAGGUGGUGAGCACCCUCACCGAUCCUGGACUGAUGUACGGGGUUAAUGGAAACAUUCCGUAUGGUCAGACAACGCUUACCACCCUUCUGAAAGACUCCUUCGGCGGACGGGCUCAGACCCUGGUGAUUCUGUGCGUGUCCCCACUGGAGGAACACUUGGCAGAGACGCUGGGUAACCUGCAGUUCGCAUUUAAGGUUCAGUGCGUGCGCAAUUAUGUGAUCAUGAAUACCUACUCCGACGAUAACACGCUAAUUGUACGGCCGGCCGAGCCUCUGCCGGUAUCCAAUUCCGCAGCAGGACCAUUAGCGCAGGCGGGGGCCGGCGACCACUUUGGCCUGCAGUUCGCUGCCAGCCAGUGGUCCAAGUUGGUGACCAACGCCGAGGGACUGUUUGCCAAGUUAAUGGACUCGAAGCUGAUCAGCGAUUUGGAAAAGGAGCAGAUUGAAGAGUGGCUGUUCCUCAAGCAGGAGUGUGAAGAGUGCUUGAGCUCAACGGAGGCCAUGCGCCAACAGAAGCAGCUGGUGCCCAUCCAAGAGGCCGAGGAGCCGGAAGACGUUAACUCCGAGGCUGCUAACUCGGAGCCAGCUAACUCGGAUAACGAAAACGACACUGACAAUGAGUCGCAACGUCCUGAUCUGGCCGACAAGCUGGAAGGUCUCAUGGAGGAGUUUCGCAUCAAGACAGACGCCCUCAUUCUAGCCAGACAUGCAGAUUAUUUGUCGAAGCACCCCAAGGCUGUUAUGCACAGCCAAGACCACGACAAUGACGCUCAGCAGCCGGCGGAGAAGGGAGAGGAGCGCAAGGCCAGCAUUGGUGGUCGCCGGAGGAGCAUUCAGCCAGGCGUUAGCCUAAGUACGGCAGAGCUCGCUAUGCUUAAUCGCGUCGCCUCGCAGCAGCCGCCACCUACAAAUGCCGAGAAUAUCGUCGAUCCCCUGGAGAGCUCCUCAGGUGAGGGACUGCGUCAGGCCGCCCUGGCCGCCGCGGCCGCAAACGCUCCCAUUGAGCAGCUGCAGAAAAAGCUACGCAAGCUGGCAGCCGAGAUCGAGGGUCGGCAGCGGCAGCUUCGGGAGAUUGAGCAAACGAUUCAGGUGAAGCGGAAUAUUAUCGCUGAACUGGUAAAGAACAGUGACACGCGCAGCCAUGCCAAGCAGCGGUUUAACAAAAAGCGAGGCAAGCUGGAGGCCGAGUGUGACAAAGCUAAAAAGCAGCUAGGCAAGGCUCUAGUCCAGGGCCGGGAACAAGCGGAUAUUGAACGCUGGACCGCAAUCAUUGCGCACCUUGAGCGCCGGCUGGAGGACCUUAACUCCAUUAAGCACAUCGCCGGCGAAAGUGGCCAGAAGGUUAAGAAGCUGCAGCAAUCGGUCGCUGAGUCACGCAAGCAGGCUGACGACCUGGAGAAAAAACUGCGCAAGGAGGGCAAGUUGCGGGAUCAGCUAGAGUUGGAACUGGCCAAAUUGCGGGAAUCUCGGGAUGCCGGAAAAGCGCUAGUCAAGCCUCAGCCGGACUGCCCCGAGCAGCAAGGUCGACAGCUGAAGGCAGUGCAGGCUCGGAUAACGCACCUGAAUCACAUUCUGCGCGAGAAAUCAGACAACCUCGAGGAGCAACCAGGGCUUGUGCAGCAGGAAAGCCUCCGACACGAGAUCCGCAACCUGCGCAGCACUCGGGACUUGUUGCUGGAGGAGCGCUGCCACCUUGAUAGUAAGCUUAAGCGCGACAAGGUGCUCACCCAGAAGGAGGAGCGCAAACUGCUCGAGUGCGACGAGGCCAUUGAGGCAAUUGAUGCGGCUAUUGAGUUCAAGAACGAGCUGAUCACGGGACACCGCUCCAUCGAUACCAGUGAUCGAAUCCAGCGAGAGAAGGGUGAGCAGAUGUUGAUGGCUCGGCUGAAUCGUCUCUCCCCAGAUGAGAUGCGAACCCUUCUGUACAAAUACUUCACCAAGGUGAUCGAUCUGCGCGAUUCGUCAAGAAAACUGGAACUGCAGCUGGUACAGCUGGAGCGGGAGCGUGAUGCCUGGGAGUGGAAGGAACGUGUUUUGUCCAACGCCGUACGUCAGGCGCGACUUGAGGGCGAGCGGAAUGCCGUUCUCCUGCAGAGGCAGCAUGAGAUGAAGCUUACCUUGAUGCUUAGGCACAUGGCCGAGGAGACGUCCGCCAGCUCGGCCAGCUAUGGGGAGCGAGCAUUAGCCCCGGCUAGGUCAUCCACGCCAGGACAGGCAAGUAGCGAUUUUGACUACGAGUUGGACUUCUACAAGGCAGCCGGCAACAAUCCUGCCAAGGCGCUGGUCAAGGCCCCCAAGCCGUUGCCCACCGGUUCGGCGCUAGACAAGUUCAAGGAUAAAGAACAGCGCAGUGGACGCAACAUCUUUGCCAAGUUCCAGGUGCUCACCAGGUAUGCCGCGGCUGCUGCAGCCGGUUCCUCCGGCUCUACGGCUGAAGAGUCUACGGCUUUGAUUGAAUCAAGCACCACGGCAACGGCCACAACCACAACCACAACGGCUACUACUACAGGGGCGGUGGGAAAGAUCAAGGAUAAGGCUUUAGUCAGCUUCAGGCCUGAGCAGUUAAAGCGCCUGAUGCCGCCACCAUCAGCCACAAAAGUGACGCGUCAGAAGAACAAGAUCAUUAUCCAGGACGCGAGUCGCCGUAAUUAAAUACGAAUUUAAUCAUUUCCAGGAAGAAGCAAUAGGAUUAUGCAUUUUUUGAGCCCUAGCCACCAAAAUAACACGCGAUUUUUUUUAAUAUUUUCGUUUACUUAUUAUUUGUGUAAACUAUAGUAAUCAUUAGGAACUUAAUUUAAUUCAAAAACUUAUUUUUUGUUAUAUCCCAAAUUGAAGUUUAUCCAUAU